ACGCCUCCAUGGUAGCCACUAGCCGCUAUUCAGUAAGGUUCUCUAUUGGAAGCAUAAGACUGGAGCACCCCUGGAUAGUCAUCUCAUCACCGAUGACUUACCACGGUCCCGCUGGCGCUGUCAACCCGGGGGAGGGAGGUGAUAUAGCGGCUAGCAGGACCAGUGGGUCUCACCUGACAGGUUGCGUUUCCUUCCCUUGUUGUGGCCGCCAUUGUUGUCGUUGAACCGCAAGCUCCCCGCUCCCCCGACCGUAUCCUUGGCUCUCUCAAAUCCCGGCGUCUUCCAGGCGGUGCUGCCCCAGCUCGCCUUUGCCGUUUCCUCCCCCAGACCCGUCGACUGCGAGUCCGCCAUCUUUGACCGAGCGGUUUCACAGCCGACUGACGUCUGUGUCGCGACGUGACGUCAUUACGUCCGAAGUGACUCGGCCAUGGACUUAAAAAAAAAAAAAGUUGACUUUUACAACAUUAUUUUAUUAUAUACAUAUAUAUAAAUGUUUUGUGCGACGAUUUUAUGUUUUUUUUCGUACUCAAAAAGAUAUUUUGGUGUUUUUAUUUUUUAAUAUCACUCUUCGACACUUCCGCCUUCUUGUUACCCAAAUGAAAAAUGUAAACAAAGCGUAACCUUUGGGAUUGAAAUGAACCACAUAUCUCAUUCUGACUCAAAUUAACCAUGCUUGCAUGGUUUUUAUAAGUUCACCGAUUAGAUGAUGCACUUGUAAAGGUUAUUUAUGGAUUUAUAGCCUCUGUUUGGAUGCAGGACUGGAAAAAAAGAGGACCAGCAGGGGCAAGCAGGAUAGAGUUUCUCCUCGUAAGGGAUCCUUUUGACCGCCAUAGAUUCUGUUUCUCCUCGUCAAUGACUCACCGGAGCAACGCAGCUCACUCGGCGAAACAUAACAAAGAUUCAUUUUUUUAUUCAACCCAUAUAGAGUAAACUCAUGGUGGUGGCUGCGGGCUCUCCGCGGUCGCUCCCCGGCGUCGUGAUCCCUCUCCCGGGGAGACAUGGACUCGUCGUAGGAUGCCUUCGCUGUGGAAACGGAUAAGUUUCUCCGCCGCCUCGGCGCUCUGUGUGGGCUCCGUGGUCCUGCUGCUUGUGGCCCUGUCCACGGAGCGAUGGGUCACCGGACGCAUCUUGUGCAAAACGGGGGCCGAGAUCGUCAACGCGUCGAGCCCGGAGCUGGACCUGUUCACCGGGGACGUAUACUACGGUCUGUUCCGCGGAGGGAAGACCAAGAGGUGUGGACUCGGAACAAGACGCUCCAAAAUCCACAUCUUCCCGAAGCUUGUGCGCACGUUGAACGGUGGCCUUCAUGUGAUGGUGAUCCUCUUCCUACUGGCGGCUAUGUGCUUUGCUGUGGUCAGUCUGUCCUUCAGCAUUUACAACGCGCGCAGAGUCCCCUACCAGAGUAUCAAAGGUCACAAGGGACUGUACCUGUGGAACGUCAUCGCUGCUGUGUUCGGCACUCUGGCAGUGCUAUGCUUCCUGGCGGCCAUGAGGCAUCACAGCCUCACAGAGCGUGUGGCCAACUAUUGGGAGAACCUCUUCGUCCUGGUGGUCCUGGACGACAGCGUGGGCUGGUCCUUCUGGCUGAGCGUCGCUAGCGUGGCGACUCACCUUGUCGUCUGCGGCGUGGUGGCGAUGAGCCGCAUAAAGCUGCCCAAACCAGAGGUCAAGAUGCCCGACCAGCCCACCAUCUCUGCUCUGGACCUGCUCUACUGACCUAGUCAAAGAUGGUGCCAGCGAUGUGUUGUUGUUUUUUUGCCGGUUUGCUGUCGUUGAUAUGAGAUUUCCCCAUGGAAAAAUGCCAAGUCAACAGGACUUUAAAUGAGGACUUUCAAAGAAAAACUGGCAAUUUUGGACUGUGAAAGAACCGAAUCAGUGAUAUAAAGACUAUUUUCCAAAGGAAGGCCAAAAAGUGUUUUCAUGGCAAGUGUUACAACUCUGCAUUGAGAUUGCGGCGUAUGGAAGAAAUAAUUACAAAUUUGUAAUAGAAUACAAUUAAAAAGUAAGAAAUGUUUUGUAUCAAUGUAGAUGGAUUCCCAUUUUUUAUUUUACUUUUUUUCAUUUUACAUAUUAAUUUAUAUAUUUGUAUAUUAUAUUAAUACAUAUUUUUAACAAAAUAUUGACUUUACCAUUUGCGUUUGUAAUUUAAACAUGUAACCCAGGGGUCCCCAAACUACGGCCCACGGGCCGGAUACAGCCCGCCAGCGUCCAAAAUCCGGCCCGCGGGAAGUCCCAAGUUAAAAAAUAAAUAAAUAAAUAUAUAUAUAUAUAUAUAUAUAUUGUUUUUAAUUAUUAUUUUUUUCAAAUCUGUCCUUUCUAAUUCAUUUUCUACCGCUUGUUAAUCUCUGUGUCUCCUAGCCGCUCAGGCAAAUCAUAUUGUCUAAUAAUGCAUUUUCCCAUAAAUAACGUGACAUCAGCGCGCUCUUCCAGUCAAUUAAUGCGCGAGGAAUAUGUAUAUAUAUAUAUGUAUGUAUAUAUAUAUAUAUAUAUAUAUAGUACAGGCCAAAAGUUUAGACACACCUUCUCAUGUCAAUGCGUUUUCUUUAUUUUCACGACUAUUUACAUUGUAGAUUGUCACUGAAGGCAUCAAAACUAUGACACCUGUGAAGUACCUUGUAUCCACAAUAUAUUGCUCUGUUUGUUUUUUGGAGGUCAAUUCAAUGUUUUUUUUUUGUUCUUUAAAAACAAUACAUUAUGUGAUUUUUUUUUGGAACGUCUGCUUGAAAACAAUGUUAGUUUUAGGAAAAACUAUAUUAAAACCAUGAUUGUGG